CUAGCCGCCGGCUAGUCUGGUCGGCCCCCCGUUGAAUUUGAAGUGCGUGCUUUCAGCCUUGUCCUGGGGGUCUUCCUUUUUGUCUUCUUUCCUUCUUCUCCUGUUUUUGAUGGUGACACCUGGAAGAUUAUCAUUCAUUCGCUAUGGGUAUCAGGGGGAUCGCUGCUUCGUUUAUUCUCCUCGUCGCAUCAUGCACGACCGUCAGCGCGGCAAACACCUGCUACUUUCCCAAUGGUAACAUUGCCACGGAAAACGUUCCCUGCUCGUCGGAUGGCCAUUCCGCGUGCUGCGGCACUGGGGAUAUCUGUCUAUCGAACAACCUCUGCAUGGACACGGCGGAACAGCCAUAUGUUCUGUCCAGAGGAGCAUGUACCGAUCCGGAUUGGGAGUCGGAGAAUUGUCCGUCGGUUUGUCGUGCGUGCUGCUUGCCCAGGCGAUGUUCAUUAUCCGUGCGAGAUAAACUGACAUAUUAUGGUUUACAAUUAAUAGAGGAUGUCAACAAAAGCGGCGGCAGCUCCAUUAUCAACCUUCUCUAUGUGGAUGGCGUCUCGACGUAUUGUUGCGGUACACCGAUCAGUAAUGGAAGUGAUGUGAUUUGCCCAUAUGGAAACUCGUUCGAGGUUGCCACAGGCAAGAUGAUAGUUGGGUAUGCUGGACUUGCGAAUCUCACCACCAAGAGGAAUGAUACGGCUUCUUCAACGAAUUGUUCUUCGUCUUCCACCUCCCUCCCAAGUGCUUCGUCAUCCGCGAGCUCCUCUUCUUCAGGUUCCUCCGGCUCCUCUUCCAAGGAUACAGCCAUCGGUGUCGGGGUUGGUGUUCCACUCGGUGUUAUUGCGAGCGCUGCUAUUGUGUGGGGCGCCUGGGAGAGAAAGCAAAGGCGGCGGUUACAACAAAUAGCCUCUGCUGGUGGUAAUUCGAUGUUUGAACAACAACAGUACAGUGUCCACUUUAUGAAGACCCCGGCAGAUCCAGCAGAAUUGGAAGUAGACCGGAUGAGGCACGAGCUGCAGUCAUGAUGUUGCAGCCUAGUUGAUACCUCGAUGCAUGCGUUGGACGUGCCCCUUCAGAUGUUCACGAUACCCCAUCAAAAGACCCAGCUGCUUACAGCAGCUAGAAAGGACUUUAUUACUUAAUUUGAGACAAUUUCCAUAUAUGAACGGCGAACGACGGGUAUAAGACUUGAUGUCGGGAUUACUUAAGUCAAAUUUUCGCUCGUGCCUUGGCCAAAGAGACCAAACAUAUCCUGGUUCGGAUCGCUUUCUUCUUGAAAGAGGUAGUCAUGUAGCUGCAUAUUCAUUUUGGCAAGACCGGGGAACCCCAGAAGGGACGCUGUGACCGGACCGUUCAUGAAAAAUCCCGCAUCGAUGACCUCAGCAGGAUUCCCAGAGGAUGCUAGGGACGGGUCGGGUGCCAUAGCCGGCAGAGAACCGGAGUUAACAGACUGGCCUGCCAGAUGGUCGAUGGUGAUCCCUGGGUCCAGUAGGAUCUCGUUUUGCGAAGCCCAAUUACU